AACUCUUUAUUUCCCUUGGAGAAGCAAGGACAACAAUAUGAUUGUGGUGUCUAUGCAAUCAAAUCCAUGGAGCUGUAUGAUGGUCAAAAUGCUAACCAUUUUGCACUUGUUGACCUGAAAAGGGCAGCCACCAAAAACCUUGAGCGGUGCAGGCUUGCGCUUCGUCUUGUGGAGCAUCCUUUAAACAAACUGAGAGAGAAAGUGAAGCAUGACUGUUAUUUUUGGUCUGCAAACAAACCUCAACUGAUGGCAAGACAGAAGUUAAGGAAGGAUAAAGAGGUUGUUCUAGAUAAAUUAGCAUGUAAUCGAUCAAAGAGGACAAAUAGAAAAGAAGCACACGUUUUACGGCGAAGGAGGGAGCAUGAGGCGCAAGUAGAAGAGGUGUUGAAUAAUAAAUUUGAAGACAAAGUGAAAUUAGAGCAAUUGUUGAAAUUUCGUUAUUCUUAGUUGCCAAACUUUAUUAUAUAUUUUUUAUCUUUAGAAUUGUACAUUUACACUUACUUUAAAUGG